AUGUCUUCCUUCACCCUACAGAAAGUCCUGCUAUCCCUCCUGCUCCUAGCAAACGUCGCCAUCGCCGUCCGUUUCAGUUUCACCAUCCAGGAAGUACACGUCGGGGUCACCCGUGACUUGCAAGAAGACGACCUGCUUCUCGCCAUCGCCUCAACAGCAGGCAGCAACACCAUCAAAAACUCCUGGCUUGUGGGCGAGGUCGAAGCCGAUGCUAUCGUUGCGGCAAACGAUACCGUCAAGUACACGCAGGAAAUCGAUGUUCUCGAUGCUGCUUCGAACCUGUCUGUAGCCAUUGGUGGCUUGAACACGGAUGAUGAAGACGAGGAGUUGGCUUUCAAUUUCGUGGAGGGCAUAGCCGCCGUCGCUGCCGCAAUCCCAGGUCCGCAAGCCCUCCCGGCUAGACUCCUCAGCAUCGUGCUCGGCGCCAUCGGAAACCCCUUAAACUGCACCGGUCCCGUCAUCGUUGGUAAUGCCCUGUAUACCAAAGACCAGAUGGACGAGCUCGAGCAGAACAAGCCCUCAUGUGAGACCAAGGAGUACGGAUACGAUACACCGUUCGCUUGUGCACCUACCGGUCAAAACUCGAGCUACAGUGUCACUUACUGCCUUGAGCGACUGGACGCCAAGUCUGCAGCACCAAUCAGUUCACCAAGUCUGGCUGCUCUGGUGACGGCCGUUGCCGUUGCCAUCAUUUACAGCGGCUUGUGA